UCAUGGGCCGGAUUAUUUUCUACGAGGAAAGGAACUUUCAGGGUCGCUCCUAUGAGUGCAGCAGCGACUGCUCCGACCUCCACAUGCACCUGAACCGCUGCAACUCCUGCCGGGUGGACAACGGAUGCUUCGUGGUGUACGACCGCCCAAACUUCAUGGGAAAUCAGGUGUUCUUGAGGCGGGGGGAGUACUCGGACCUGCAGCGCAUGGGGAGCAUGGCGGGUAUGAUGGGAAUGUCCCUGAUGGACAACAUCCGCUCCUGUCGCAUGAUCCCCAUGCACAGGGGACAGUUCAGGAUAAGGAUCUAUGAACGAGAGAACUUUGGAGGAAAGAUGAACGAGCUGAUGGACGACUGCGAGUCUCUGCAGGAUCGUUACCUGAUGUCGGACUGUCAGUCCUGUAAUGUGAUGGAAGGACACUGGCUGAUGUUCGAGCAGCCUGGCUUCAGAGGCCGGAUGAUGUACGUGAGACCCGGAGAGUACAGGAACCUGCGCGACAUGAGCAUGAACAACAUGUCCAACAUCAGCUCCAUCAGGCGCAUCAUGGACAUGUGCUGAUGGCAGUUCUUUAAGUCAUGAACAUCUUUUGGAACAAUAAAUUAAAAAAUAUUUUGAAA